AUGUCUGGGAGCCCUCCCUUGACAGCCCGAGCCGAGGUGAGGAUCGAGCUGCGCGGGCGGCGGGAGUCCUUGCAGGAGGCAUCACCCAGGCUGGCAGAUGAUGGUGACAGCAGCGGGAGUGACUGGGAAGUGAAACGGAGCCAGCGGCUGAGAAGGGGCUCCAGCAGCCCCCGAAGGUCCUAUCAGGACAUGGAGUAUGAAAGACGGGGUGGUCGUGGGGACAGGACUGGCCGCUACGGAGCCGCCGACCGCUCCCAGGACGACGGCGGGGAGAACCGCAGCCGGGACCAUGACUACCGGGACAUGGACUACCGCUCGUACCCCCGCGAGUACGGCAGCCAGGAGGGCAAGCACGACUAUGACGACUCCUCCGAGGAGCAGAGUGCCGAGGAUUCCUACGAGGCCUCCCCGGGCUCCGAGACUCAGCGUAGGCGGCGGCGGCGGCACAGGCACAGCCCCACCGGCCCGCCGGGCUUCCCCCGAGACGGCGACUAUCGGGACCAGGACUAUCGCACGGAGCCAGGGGAGGAUGAGGAGGAGGAUGAGGAGGAGGAGGAGGAGGAGGAGGAGGAGGAGAAGGCCAGUAACAUCGUCAUGCUGAGGAUGCUGCCACAGGCAGCCACUGAGGAUGACAUCCGCAGCCAGCUGCAGACCCACGGCAUCCAGGCGCGCGAGGUCCGGCUGAUGAGAAACAAAUCCUCAGGUCAGAGCCGGGGCUUCGCCUUCGUCGAGUUUAGUCACUUGCAGGACGCUACACGAUGGAUGGAAGCCAAUCAGCACUCACUGAGCAUCCUGGGCCAGAAGGUGUCCAUGCACUACAGCGACCCCAAGCCCAAGAUCAAUGAGGACUGGCUGUGCAACAAGUGUGGCGUCCAGAACUUCAAACGCCGGGAGAAGUGCUUCAAAUGCGGUGUGCCCAAGUCAGAGGCCGAGCAGAAGCUGCCCCUGGGUGCCAGGCUGGAUCAGCAGACGCUGCCGCUGGGUGGCCGGGAGCUGAGCCAGGGCCUGCUCCCCUUGCCGCAGCCCUACCAGGCGCAGGGCGUGCUGGCCUCCCAGUCCCUGUCCCAGGGCUCCGAGCCAAGCUCCGAGAACGCCAAUGACACCAUCAUUUUGCGCAACCUGAACCCGCACAGCACCAUGGACUCCAUCCUGGGGGCCCUGGCACCCUACGCGGUGCUCUCCUCCUCCAACGUUCGCGUCAUCAAGGACAAGCAGACGCAGCUGAACCGCGGCUUCGCCUUCAUCCAGCUCUCCACCAUCGUGGAGGCAGCUCAGCUGCUGCAGAUCCUGCAGGCCCUGCACCCACCGCUCACCAUCGAUGGCAAGACCAUCAACGUUGAGUUUGCAAAGGGUUCUAAGAGGGACAUGGCCUCCAACGAAGGCAGCCGCAUCAAUGCUGCCUCUGUGGCCAGCACUGCCAUUGCUGCAGCCCAGUGGGCCAUCUCACAGGCCUCCCAGGGUGGGGAGGGUGCCUGGGCCACCCCCGAGGACUCAUCGGUGGACUACAGCUACUAUCAACAGGACGAGGGCUACGGCGGCAGCCAGGGCACAGAUUCCUCCCUCUAUGCCCAUGGCUACCUCAAGGGCGCCAAGGGCCCUGGCAUGACUGGAAGCAAAGGGGACGCAGCCGGAGCAGGUGCCGAGGCCUCCCUGGAGCCUGGAGCAGACUCCGUGUCGCUGCAGGCUUUCCCACGCGCCCCUGCUGGUGCCACCCCGGGCAUGUACCAGCAGUCGGCAGCUGAGGCCAGCAGCAGCCAGAGCGCUGCUGCCAACAGCCAGUCCUACACCAUCAUGUCGCCCGCUGUGCUCAAGUCAGAGCUCCAGAGCCCCACGCACGCCAGCUCUGCCCUGCCGCCAGCCACCAGCCCCACCGCCCAGGAGUCCUACAGCCAGUACCCCGUUCCCGACGUGUCCACCUACCAGUACGACGAGACCUCCGGCUACUACUACGACCCUCAGACUGGCCUCUACUACGACCCCAACUCCCAAUAUUACUACAACGCUCAGAGCCAGCAGUACCUGUACUGGGACGGGGAGCGGCGGACCUACGUGCCCGCCCUGGAGCAGUCCACCGACGGCCAUAAGGAGACAGGGGCGCCCUCCAAGGAGGGCAAAGAGAAGAAGGAGAAGCACAAGACCAAGACGGCUCAGCAGAUCGCCAAGGACAUGGAGCGCUGGGCCCGCAGCCUCAACAAGCAGAAGGAGAACUUCAAAAACAGCUUCCAGCCCAUCAGCUCCCUGCGGGACGACGAGCGGCGGGAGUCAGCCACCGCAGACGCGGGCUACGCCAUCCUGGAGAAGAAGGGAGCACUCGCCGAGAGGCAGCACACCAGCAUGGACCUCCCGAAGCUGGCCAGCGACGACCGCCCAAGCCCACCCCGAGGCUUGGUGGCAGCCUACAGCGGGGAGAGUGAUAGCGAGGAGGAGCAGGAGCGCGGGGGCCCGGAGCGGGAGGAGAAGCUCACGGACUGGCAGAAACUGGCCUGCCUGCUCUGCCGGCGCCAGUUCCCCAGCAAGGAGGCGCUCAUCCGGCACCAGCAGCUCUCUGGGCUCCACAAGCAAAACCUUGAGAUCCACCGGCGGGCGCACCUGUCAGAAAAUGAACUAGAAGCACUUGAGAAGAAUGACAUGGAGCAAAUGAAGUACCGGGACCGGGCAGCCGAGCGCAGAGAGAAAUACGGCAUCCCGGAGCCGCCAGAGCCCAAGAGGAGGAAGUAUGGUGGCAUGUCUGCCGCCUCCGUAGACUUUGAGCAGCCCACGCGGGACGGUCUGGGCAGUGACAACAUCGGCAGCCGCAUGCUCCAGGCCAUGGGCUGGAAAGAGGGCAGUGGCCUGGGUCGCAAGAAGCAGGGCAUCGUGACACCCAUCGAGGCCCAGACACGGGUGCGGGGCUCCGGUCUGGGUGCCCGAGGCAGCUCCUACGGGGUCACCUCCACGGAGUCCUACAAGGAGACAUUGCACAAGACAAUGGUGACCCGCUUUAACGAGGCCCAGUGA